AUGCUGAUUGGAGCGGGUGAAGAGAGAGGGGGAGAAUACGUGUUUCGAGGAGUGAUGGGUGCAAAGGCAAACAAGACUACUAUCUCAGGAUCGUGUGAUUUGUGGCAUCGACGACUUGGUCAUCCGUCAAGUCGUGUCUUAUCUUAUUUAUCUAGUGAUUUGGAGUUUGAAAAACAUGUUGAUUCAAAACCAGUUUGUGAGAUUUGUUUGCGGGCUAAACAAACCCGAGACUGCUUUCAUGAGAGUUCUAAUAAAGCUAUUGGAGUAUUUGAUUUGAUUCAUUGUGAUGUGUGGGGAGCCUAUAGAACUCUCUCUACUUCUGGAUCUGCUUAUUUUCUUACCAUAGUAGAUGAUUGCUCAAGAGCUGUCUGGGUUUAUUUGUUGCAAGAAAAGAGAGAAGUUGCUGAAAAUUUGAAGAAUUUUUUUAAGAUGGUGGAACGACAAUUCAACAAAAAGGUCCGAGUCGUUCGUAGUGAUAAUGGUGGAGAGUUUAUGUGUAUGAAACCAUACUUUGCAGAGGAAGGUAUAUUGCAUCAAACAAGUUGUGUGUACACACCACAACAAAAUGGGUGUGUGGAGAGGAAACAUAGACAUAUAUUGAAUGUGUCUCGCUCGUUAAUGUUUCAAGCAAGCUUGCCAAUUCGUUUUUGGGGAGAGUGUGUACUCACAGCUUGCCAUCUUAUCAAUCGCACUCCAUCUACCUUACUUAAUGGGAAGACUCCGUUUGAAAUCUUGCAUGGAGUAGCCCCGAGUUACACUACUCUUAAAGUAUUUGGGAGUUUGUGUCAUGCUAGAAAUAUCUUGCGUGAUAAGGACAAGUUCGGGGAAAGAAGCAGAAGGUGCGUAUUUAUGGGCUACCCUUUUGGCCAAAAAGGAUGGAGAGUAUGGGAUAUCGAGAAACAAGAGUUUUUUUGUGUCAAGGGAUGUGUCUUCGAAGAAACUGUAUUUCCAUUCGCUUCCGUGAUAAAACAGAAUGACGACAUGCCAAGGCAGCAACAACAAGUAAGUAUACAUGAUGAUGAUUUCAUUGAGUUAGGAAAAGAACUUGUUGUACCACAUUUGGACGAAAGGGGGAGCGGACCAAUCGAAGAGAUUGUCGUCCAGUCUGAUGAAGAAGAUCAUGAUGAUCAUCGGCCUGAUGAGCAGGGCAUGCCUGAACAAGAGAUAGUUCCGGUACGUCGUAGUGGAAGAGAACGUACUACGUCCACUCGUCUUGAUGGUUUUGUGCUGUAUACUACACAAUGCUCCAAUGACCCACUCUCCUCUCUCUUCAAACUCGCCUCCACAAGCGUCUUCGACUAA